UAAUUUUUACAGAAAAUGGAACGUUAACAAAUAUGGCGAAAAACUUAUUCUCGCUUCUUGUCAUUUUAUUGUGAUGCUCGUUGUGUAAAAAGUAGUUUUAGUUGCGAUAAAAUGGCUGACGUACGAAUGAAUUUAACAGCUUUAAGGAGGGCAGAUCCAUAUGCGCGGGAAAUAAUCGAUAGUGCUACCCACGUUGCUCUGUAUACAUUCGAAGAACAGGAAUGGGAGAAAACUAACAUCGAAGGUGCAUUGUUUGUGUACAGUAGAAAUGGUGAACCGUAUCAUAGUUUGGUAAUUAUGAACAGAUUGAAUACAAAUAAUUUAAUUGAACCAGUAUCGAAAGGAAUAGAGUUACAAUUAAAGGAGCCUUUCCUGCUUUAUAGGAACUCCAAGUGUCGUAUUUACGGCAUAUGGUUUUACGAUAAAGACGAGUGCGUUAGGGUGGCCACAAAGUUGAAUUCUAUAGUUAAAGAUUCGAUGAAACCGGUUGAAAAUAUGUCGCAAAAUCCUGUAUAUAAUGCACCCACUAAUUCUAGUGCUCCAGUUGAUAUAUUUUCAAUGCUGAGCAAAGCUCAAGAUGAUUUUAAAUCUAACAAAGGUCUAACGAACAAAAAUGAAUCAACACCGUCUAGAGCUCCCGAUAUGACGUCGCAAAGCGUAAUGGAUUUCUUUGCUAAGGCUGGUAGCGGCGCCGCUGCGCAAAUGCCAGCAGUGUCUUCCCUCCCGUCACCUGGCGUGUUCGGUCCGCGGCCGUCCGACUCUCGCGAAGGACCGUUGCUUCUGCAAAGGCUGAUGAGUAACCCUGCACAUACAGUGGAACACAUAGAGAAACAGCAAAGAUCUGUCACUCCGCAGGAGAGUCAAAAUGCUAAUGGUGUCAUUCCUUUGGAUACUGCAAUGAGGCAGAAUACUGGAUUUCCACUAAAAUCCACACCAGUUGACUCACAAGGCCAGCAAAGGAUAUCCAAUAUGCAAAAGAUGCCGUUAGAUACAGUGGACGCCAAUGGUCCCAAUCCUUUAGAGAGUGAACUGAAUCUUAUGCAUAUUUCAUCACCCAAGCCAACAUCACCAUUGGCAUCGUAUUUGAAUCAAUCUCAGGACCUCGGUCAUCCGGUAAGCUCUUUUAAUGGUAAAUAUGAAGAGGUGGGAAUGUUUCCUUUGGGUAAUCCUCUGGCUGCUCAGCAGAAGCCAGCUCUGAUGCCUCCGACAAUGUUCACUGUUACCUCGGGAGGUGAUGUCCAGCCAUCGCCCGAACCUUUAACUAGGAAUCAACUGCUUCAAGCUUUCAACUAUCUUCUUAAACAUGACGCUGAUUUUGUUAACAAGUUACAUGAGGCUUAUGUAAAAUCUUUUUCUGAAAAAGCAUUUUCUGUAUCAUAAAUUUGAUUUAUUCAAAGCUAUUGUUAACAAUCAACAUGUACAGUUGUAAUUUGAAGUAUGAGUUGUUUAAAAGAUGUUGCGUAGAGCCACACUAGUUUUAUAGCAACUUAUUUGGGAAGAUUAUUUUUAAAUAAGUUUUAAACAUUUGACUGUGUCAUUCAAAUGAUAA